AGCUUUACUGCAGCCUGAGCUUCAUGUGUUUUAGAUGCUACUUGUGAUUUCUAUGGCUGGAACUAUCAAAAUACAAGCCAGGAAAGAGUUCUGGAUUGGAAACCUGUCCAGGAUGUAUCCUUCCUCUGCCCCAUGAAGCUGGCAUAGACUCCCACCUAGCUGCUGCCCUCAACUAGAUAGGUAGAAGGAAAUGGAUGAAAUCCAGAUUUGACAUUCAUGGUUGAAACUGUUGUCAGUAUGUAUGACGGAGGUCAGAAAAGAUGCACAACAAGAACAUAUUAAGGUGUACACAGGAAGGCCAAAUACUAAAGCAUGCAAUAAUGGAUGAAACUGGAGAAGAGACAUCUUUUCAAAUGCCAGAUCUAACUACUACAACAAAAUGUGCCGUGUCUGAACUCCUGGAGGAUGUUGGGAAUUGUAGGCAGGGUGUCAACCAGGAGCUGAGCCUUCAUCUUCUCAGUGACUCUCUCUUUAGCGAGCAGCAGAAGCUCAGGCAUGUGUUGGACUGGGCUAACAGAUAUCUCUGCAGUGGUUCAGUGAUUUGCCAUGAACUCUGUAGAACUGACAGUUUGAUAAACGAUAUGAAAAACAAAGGAACCAAGAAAAUCUCACCCAAACAUUCAUCUGGACCUAAAUAUCAUCAUCCAGUUUCCUUUGAUGCCGGUGCUCGUGAGGUAUAUGGGGGAGGAUCAAGUAUGAAAACAACUUGUCAAUCCAGAUCUUUAAAUGAUCUAACCAGCUCCUGUAGAUAUACGUUUUCAUAUGACCUCCACAGUCCUGUCUCUUUCCCCCCAGGAACAGAGGAAGAAAAUUGGCCUGAUACUGAAACUGAAAAUAUAAAACGUACAGAGCAACAACAUGCCACCAAUAAACACAUUUCUAGCCAAGACUACUGCAGAACAAACAAAUUUCACAUGACUAAUCAAAGGGACCACACAUUCACAUCUGAUGCUGCAACACACUUGAUCAAAGAGUCCACAUCAUCUGGGAGCAAUGCGAUUUGUAAAAACAGCACAGCAUACAGUGAAGUGAAUAUCUUAAAACCGCUACAUGAAAGCAACAAUUUCAGUGGCAUGACUUCUAAAAGAGCUGGAGCUAAAAGAGAGGUGUCAGAAAGUCAAAAGGUACUGAGAAAAAAGGACAAGCGGAUGGAAGAAAAUGAGAAGGAGAAAAUACAAGACAACAGGAUUGAAGGAAAUUAUAGAAAAGAACAGGAAUCCAGCUCAGAUCACACAUAUAGUCAAAUAAGCCUCGCUGAGCCAGAGAUGAUACCUGAGCAGACGGCAAAAACAGCUAAUUCCCAUUUUAUCCAUCCCUUGAAAUUGUCAUUACAUUUGAGUGUGUAUGAGCAGUACCAGCUAUGUGUGGCUCAGCUAAAUCACCUCAGAAUAAGCCAGCAUUUCAAGCCUGAGUCACCUGAGGAAAAGGGGACGACAUCUGGAGAAAUGGGCAAUUAUGUUAAAGCUCCAGCUUGUCCGGGGUCGUGCUUUGAACUGAACUCUCACAUCACAAAUCCUGAGAUUAAAAAACAGGUUAACAACACAGGAAGCAAAGGAGCCACCGCAGCAGAAAGCGCAGAGGAGAGGAGCUCACAUGGCACCAAUAAAACUCCUAGCGAAUAUAGAAAUGCUAAAUCUUGCAGCAAUUUGACUGUGAAGCAAACACCUGCAGAUACUACAGCUCUUAUGAAGGAAACUGCAGAAGAGAGAGCCUCGAAUGAUGAGAACAAGCCAGGUGAUGUGUACUGUGUGGAGAAGGAUGCUGCUCUUGUUUCUAACCCAGGUUUGCUUCAAAACAGGAUUAGACAUCAUCCAGACAGUACAGAUCAUCAGAGGAUUCUCAAAGAUCCAACAAAGAGAGCUGGAGAUAGAGAUCGCUGGAUCCUCACUGAUAAUUCACUGGGAGAAAGAUUUCCAAGACAUCAACAAGCAAUCAAGUAUACAAAGAAACUGAAUUUGAUCCCUCAACCUGUACAGAAACACACUCUUCAUCAUGAUGACUCUGGACUUACAACAUACUCUGCCACGGAUGUCAGUAUGGACAAUACCUUUGAAUACCAGUCAGCAGGCGUCCCUGUAAGAGACCGCUGGCUGUGUUUGCCUGAUGAGGUGUGGCUGUCCAUCCUGUCUCUGUUGCCUCAUAGGGAUUUAUCCAGAGUGGUGCAGGUCUGCCACCGCCUGCAUGCACUGGCAUCUGAUCACUCACUGUGGAAAAAUCUAAGGCUUGAAAACUCAGCUUUAACUGACCAGUGGUUGCUGUGUGUGGGCAGACGUUGUCCUCGAAGUUUGUUUCUGUAUAGCUGCAGUGGCCUCUCUGUCUCCUCCUGUGGGCUGCAGAUGUUUUUCUCACUGUGUAGGAAUUCGCUUAAGGAACUCAAGGUCACAAGUUGUACUGGUCCUGGUCUCCAUGGUGAUCAAAUGUUGUCGGUGAUUAGUCAGCUCUGUGAUCACGUGACUAGUGUGGAUGUAAGCUGGAGUGGAGCAACAGACACAGGAGUGAAGGCUCUGACGGAUUACAGAAAAGGACUCAAAUCUGUUGUCCUGAAUGGCUGUCAUAUUACUGAUGCCCCUCUGAAAGAACUUGUCAUGAAACACAAAGACAGCCUGUGCAGGUUGGAGGUGUUUGGCUGUCAGUUCCUCACUCCAUCCUGGCUACAGACAGUAUAUGAGAUGAUUCCCGGCCUUCAGCAUCUAAACAUCGGACGAGUGCCAAAAAUCACCGUAAACAGCCUCACUGAGUUCACAGCACGGCUCAAAAGCCUCAUUUCACUGAAUCUCACAGGACUACAGGUCACUCAUGCCAUAGUUGAUACUUUGCUCCAGAACUGCGUUGAACUUCAGAGUCUGUCCUUCAGUUCCUGUCCUGGAGUCACUGACCUGACACUGCAUAGCAUCAGCAAAUAUUCACCUUGUAUCAGAGCUGUUGAUGUGAGUGGCUGUAAAGCAGUAACAGAUGCAGGUGUUCAGUCUUUGGCUCUGGGCUGCACAAGACUUCAGCAGCUGGAUCUCAGCUCCACCAGCACCGGAAACAGAGGGCUGAAGGUGCUUCAUCUCUAUGGCUGUGCACAUCUACCCACUGAACACGAGAUCAAAGAAGUGAACAGCACCGUUAAUGUUUCCCCUUUGUCCUGACCCUGACAGUUAUAUCUCCACGACAUAUUUAUUGAACAUAUCAAAGAGGGAAAUGUUGAUUUAGCCAAGUAUGUAGCAUUAUUAGUUUUAAUUCUUCCAUGCUAUUACAUGAGCAACAGGCUGAAUGAGGUCUACCAUGGUCUGGGGGACUAUUUUCAAGGAUGACUAAAAAGCAUUUAAUAUAUGUGCUUGACUGCAUGUGUUUAAAGAUUGUUAUCAGAUGUGCAAAAAUCUGAAGAGUGUAUCGUCUAAGCAUUAAAUAUUUUCUGUCAUUAUAUAA